CCGAUGCCUGUUCUUGGCGGAGAACCGUUGCCUUCCAUCACUAGUGGAGAAGAAUAAAAAGUUGGAGAGUUGUCUUAAAAGAAUAAACUUGGAUUCUCACUAAUCAAUGAGGACACUUACAGACACAGUAAAACAAUUCAAAGAAUAUUCAGUAGGUCUUCAUUUCACCAGUUUCAUUUCAUUCCUGUUUUGUUAUCAGAACUGGUUUUUAAAAUAUGCAGAUGAGCUGCGGAGACAGAAAGGUCGGACCAUAAACCCAGACAGGCUGCGGACACGCUUACCCACCAACAGACACUGGGAUCCGGCAACGACUUCGGUGGCGCUAUAAAUUACCGACUGGCUUCAACUUCAUUGCUUUAUCAACAGCGAGCACCAUCAGUAACGAUUUAUUGGGCUUAGCGCAAAUUUAAUCUUUGUCCUCACCUUCUUUUCUGAGUGGACCUGGGUGGACUCUCUGACUGAACAUGUUGGAGUGGCUGAGCGACUGGUUCUGGCAGGAGCGGCGCUGGUUCCCUGAAGGACUGGGCUGGGCCGACAUACAGGACAGAGAUGGACGUGUCUACGCCAAGGCCCGUGACCUCUGGGUCUCCAUUCCCAUCGCUUUGGCCUUCCUGGCCGUCCGGCAGAUCUUUGAGAGGACAGUGGCCACCCCGUUGGCUGUGUUACUUGGACUGCAGGAGAAAGUUCGACUUAGAGCAGCACACAACCCCACACUGGAAUCAUACUACCAUAGCAAAUCCAAACAGCCCACACAGAGUUCGAUAGAGAGUUUGAGCAAACAGACGGGUUGUUCAGUGCGUCAGGUCCAGCAAUGGUUCAGGCGUCGCAGGAAUCAGGAUAGGCCCAGUCUUCUCAAGAAGUUUCGGGAGGCAAGUUGGAGAUUUACGUUUUACCUUCUUGCUUUCAUUGCUGGCCUAGCUGCACUCAUUGAUAAACCCUGGCUCUAUGAUGUGAAGGAAAUGUGGGAAGGAUUCCCCAUAUUGACCCUUUUGCCAUCUCAGUACUGGUACUACAUGAUUGAGCUGGGCUUUUAUGCAUCUCUACUUUUCAGCGUAGCAUCAGACGUCAAGCGGAAAGACUUUAAUGAACAGAUCAUUCACCAUGUUGCCACUAUCAUGCUGAUCAGCUUCUCUUGGUGCCUCAACUACGUUCGGGCAGGAACCCUGAUCAUGCUAGUGCACGAUGCCUCCGACUACCUGCUAGAGUCAGCCAAGAUGUUCAACUAUGCAGGCUGGAAAAACGCCUGCAACUACAUCUUCAUCGGCUUUGCUGCUGUCUUUAUCGUCACGCGUCUGGUCUUCUUCCCUUUCUGGAUCAUGUACUGCACCUGGGUGUACCCAGUGACCGUCUACCGCCCCUUCUUCGGGUAUUACUUCUUCAACGGGCUGCUGCUGGUGCUGCAGUGCCUGCACAUCUUCUGGGCCAUCCUCAUCGUGCGCAUGGCCGUCAAGUUCCUGACCAACAACGAGACUGUGGAAGAUGAGCGGAGCGACAGGGAUGAAACAGACGAGUCGGGGGAUGAAGAUGAGGAGAAAGAGCAAGAGAAGAAGAAUGGGCCAACGCAAAAUGGCCACCCCAUCCUCAACAACAACCACUGCAAGGCGGAGUGACGUACGCCACCGGAGACACAAGGCCAGAACACACAACCUGCCUCUCAUUCAGAGUCCUGGCAGAGGAAGAGUGUGGGAGGAGGAGAGGAUGAAGGAGGUGCUUCCACCUUCUGAGAAACAAAUAAACUGCUGCACACAGUAAACACACGUUCUCUGACAAAGUCAAAGAUCCACUCACAUAGAUACCAACUCAGAAACACCACCCACAAUGAGCACUGAAUUGUUGCCAAGGAUGCAUCACAUUGAUUACAAGUCAUUCUUGGUUUUCUUCUGUCUCAGGAGAUGUGGGUAAUAAGAAAAUAGAAAGUCAUGGUGCUCCUAAAAAUGUUUUAAAGAUAUGUUUCAUAAGUCAAUUUCACCUCAUUCACUUCUUUUUACCAACCAGCCCCCGUCCCCCCAUGGGGGCCUAUGUGUUGAACCUCAUCUGUAUUUAUAUCUAUGGUAUUUAUAUCUAUGGUAAAGUUCAUUCAUUGACACUUCCUGCAUGCGCAAUGCAGAAAGAGCAUUCAUUCAGAGAGUGCAUAGCUGUAUGAAUGUUGCUUAUUGAAAAACUUAUCAGCAAUUCCUUUGACAGCACCAGACUUGACAGUGCUGAGACCGAAGACCCUGUUUAAACAGAGGAAAUCCCCUGUUCAUUCUGUUAAUUCAGUCUAGUGGGAUGGAGGCUGUGGUCACAUCUCAGCUAUUGUUUAAGCACAGUGCUCUUUACAUCAGCUGAACUCCACUGCUGUUUUGAGUGACAAAGUUAUAUUUCAGUGUCAGUUACAUGCAAAGUGUAACUGCAACAGUAUCAGAUGCUGACCAUUUUUGCUGUGGUAGGUUGAAACUAAGGAUUUGAGGCUGUUGUAAUGGUGCUUAUGGUCUUAAGAAAAGUGUGUUUAUUUGUCUUGUGUUAGUACGACAUGUGUGUACACCACUUUUGGGUCUUAGUCUCAAUCACAAAACCUUUAAAAGAGACAAAAGCAUACAGGUUGAAUUCAUUUUCAUACAUUUUGUAGGGUUUUCCAGAGGUUUGUGCUGUGAUGUCAAAGAAAACUUAAAUAGACCUUAAUGUCCAUCCACCACCCUGAGACAGUGUUGUAGUCCAGGCCAUGUGUAGCCUGAUCCAGUGUGGUAUAUUCUAGACCUGUUCAGUCCUUAGUGUCAUCCCACCCUCAUGAGAGACAACAUACACUGUGGCUUUGAGCUGUGGGUCUGGAAGCUCAAAGCUACAGCAUUCAUGAGCAGACAGUGCUGCAACAGCCUUGACAUUGUGAGACAAUUUCUGUGGUUUGUUGACAGUGACUUGGGUUAUGAUUGCAGUGUGGAACAUGGGUUUACAGUUUUAAAAGUAUUGAAAGUAUUAUUUCUGAUGAAAGUAAAGGAUUGAGCUGAGCUUUCUUUCAGCCUUUCACUCAAGUACAUGUGAAGAAACUGACAUGAAUGAUGACACAACAAUAGUGUUUUAAUGAUUUGUUGUAAAAGUGCCUUACUUGUAAAGUACGACUUAGACUCGGCCUAUCUGUCAAUCAUAUCCUGUAUCCAUUCAGGCGACCACUUUCCGUCUUGCUUCCAAAUGUUAAUCUUUUCUAUUUUCCUCUAUUGAGGCCCACACUCUGGAGUGAGCCAUCAUCAGUACUUCCUCAAUCCAGUCAUCACGUCAGCCAUUUUGCUUACCAUGAUCCAUGUGUCAGCACCUUCUUUACUCACUGUCCUAGAUAUUCCCAGCACCCUACCUACUGUGUUUAAUAUUGAAGGCACCACAGUA